UGAAUAGUUCUCGUGCUGCACACAUCCUCGAGAUCUACGAACCCGCCGCCACCUCCGCUGCCGUCCCAGCCGAUCCAGUCUCACCAUGUCUUCGCCUCCCGAGGAGAAGCAAGAGACGAAAACUGGACACCCGCCCGCUGUGGAAGCUGGUGGAAUGCGAAUCGUGCAGAAACACCCACAUUUUGGAGACACCAAAGAAGAGAAAGACAAGGAUGAGGAGGAGUGGGAGACCGAGCCCAGCCCGCCUAAACCCACCGUGUACAUCUCCGGUGUCAUCGCCCUGGGCGACAAGGACUCCCCCCCACCCCUGGCGGCCGCCCAGGUGGCUCACCAGAAGCCCCACGCCUCCAUGGACAAGUACCCAUCCCAUAGAACCCAGCACAUCCAGCAGCCUCGCAAGUGACCGCGAGGAACGCCCUCCCCUGCUGUGCCUGG